AUGGCCGAGCUUUCGAAAAUGGACUUGCUGAUUGAUUUCACAGAAGAUGAUGAACAUUCGCAAGCAAACCUCCACGACUUCCUGCAGCCGCUGCACGACACCGCUGAACGGGUCAGCAAACAAGUCGAAGCUUUUGCCCGAUGCCUCCACAAAUUUCAAGCUCAACACAACUCUUCAGACGUUUGGGACGAUGCUAGCCAGCUAUUUGAUCAGUUCUGCGCCAUUACACAGACGCGAGAAGACUCAAGUAUCAGCUCAUUUGACAGCGAUGAAGACUUUCAGAGCCAAUUGCAGAAGAUCCAGUUGGAGCGCGAUAUCUGGGUGCUCGCGAAGAACCUGCUACUGUCACGCGGACCAAAGGCGGCGAACGAUGCCCAUCAUAGCCAGAGUGAACGCCUGAAAGAGUUGCACCAAUACACUACUAGUUCCGAUCUUUGGAAUGCGUUUCUCGAUAGCGAUACCGUUGCGCAAGAAUACGAGACAGUUCUUGUCUGGCUACACGAGCGCCGUGCUCAGAGCGGUGAUAUUCAGACCAAGGUCUCCAGUACGUUGUCUCAGGCCAAUCGUGGCGAUGUCCAGUCCGCCGUACCUCUUUACACAAGCCACGAGAUCAAGAAAAAGAAGCGCCUCGCAGGCCGAGUGGGUCCGCUUGACCCUACUGCCGAUGGGCUCGCUUCACAGCUUGAUCCUGACGCUCCCACCCGGCAGCGAGCGCGACUAGAUCCACAAGACGAGUACUACGAAGAAGCCGCGUGGCAGGUCUGCUGGGAAAUGCUCAGAAGAGGGGCAACCUCCUCCGAACUCAGCAAGUGGUGGACUGACACGAAGGAGCCGUACCGAGCACUUGUGUGCAGCAAUACCAGUUGCGGCCCCGAACCUGCCCGGACGUCACCUUUUCAACGAGUAAUGAACUUGGCGAGCAACGCACAGUGGCUGCGCCUUUGUAAAGCUGUCGCAAGCGAUUCGACGUUUGCCGACCAUGUCCAGCGAGCGGUCUUGGGUCUGCUUUGCGGCGAAUCGACAAUCUCGAAUCUGGCUUGCGAAGACGUUGAUGACAUGGUCUUCUCCUUGGUCAACGGACUCCUGAUCCAACGUUACAUGCACUAUCUGUCCGCCUAUCGCCAAAAGCUCCAGAAUUCGGCUCUGCACAGCUUCCAGCCCUUACCAAGUGAUCAGAGCCAGAUAACCUCUCUACUCGAAUCAUUGCAGUCGAGUCCAGACUUUCGAGAUGAAAUGCUGUCACCACAUAAGUACAUUGAGAUGGCGCUUAUUGCGGUCGAGUACCGGAAUUUCUUCCACGAGAUGGGGCAAGGAGCGGUGUAUAUUGCUCAGACCACUGGGCUGUUCAAUCAUCUCUUCCACGUAUCUCAACAUGUGGAAGUCAGCGAAUGCAUCCAAGCGACAGCAUCAGAUGCGGACUCAGUGCGCAUCAUCGCUCAUCUCCAGCUCGCCUUCCAAGCAAUUGGCGCACUCUCUGUCAACCACAGUGCCGACAACGAAACGGCGUUUUACGAACGCUAUUAUAUUGAGAGCAACAUUGCAAGCUAUAUUGGCUAUCUGCAGCAGGACAAGAAAUGGAGCCUCAUUCCUCUUUAUGCUUCCAAACUGUCUAAGAAGCGAUGCUCAACUGUCCUGGGUUUGACAAUGAUUGACAUCACGGACAAUAAGGAGCGAGGACAGCUGGUGCGCCUGAUGAGGAAAUACAAUAUCAACGUGGCGGAAGUACUGUUUGCCAUUGCUGUGAGUGCCACUGAUUCUCGGUUGGCCGACUUCAGGGAUGGAUUGGGUGAAUUUGAAGCGCCAAGAAUAACCGAGAAACCCCCCAAGGGUCAGGUCAAGAUCCGGUCAGCAUUCAUGAGUGACGACAUCUCGGAUGAAGAAGACAAAGCCAUCCUGGGCGUAGAGUGGUACCGUUGGGUCGACGCCGAAAACUGGGGCAGAGCGUGCUUCAGCAUCUCUACACUUUACAAGCUUUGGCUGGCGAAAGGUCGGUAUAGUGCAUUGCGUUCACUUGCUCAACGGGCGAGUCUAGCCGAUUUGUCUCUGGCUGCUCUUAGCAUGAACCUCUACUUCGGUUCGGACGAGGAGGAUGAGGACGCUGAGGGUGACAAGAAGAUGGACGACAGUGAUGAGCCAAGCGGCGUUAUGAGUCCUCGAAAACGUCAGGAGAAGCGUAGCCGUCAUCCCCUCGCGGCGGAAGGCACAUCUCGUGAGGUUCUGUUCAACAAGUCCGCUGUUUGGAUGCAACUGGAGCAAUUGGUGAAUGCUCUUCAAGCCCUGGAGGAAUGGCAGGAUCUGGCAGACACGGUCAAUGCCAAUCGGAAUAAUCCUGCCGCCGUUCGCUCUAUGAAGCGGGAGCUAAGGGAAGCACUUGGUCAGGUGGAGACGGCCAUGAUGCCCGUGCUUACACAGGGGUUUCUUUGCCAUGCAUUCGAUGAAAAGGAGGCAAAGGUGCUUGAGAAGAUUCGCACGAAGUACCUACCAGAAUUGGUUCUGGGCUACAACUCGGUGCUCUUUUUUGCAGGCCAUGCCAUCAGCAGGACGUGGUUGGGCAAUUGCAUGGAGUUGGCGAACAUCCUCGCAGCAACGCCGAGCUUGACAGAUGCGUUCGUCCACAGUGGGCGCAUGAGGGAAAUGGUGAGCGCCUUCGCACUUGAUGGCCAGAGUCUGCUAUUGGCCAACGAGGCCGGGAGCAAGAAGCCGGGUGAGAAGAAAGUCAAGGCGUUGGACAUGUGGCAGGUCAGGUGGAAGGACUUGAGUCGCAGCAUGGACAGUGUCGACUGA